CUAAAAACUCCACCUUCCAAUCUUGAGCCACAAACACGUAUUUUAGAAGGGAAUCCUAUCCCACAAUGUACUGACCUCAAGAGGCUUUGAGCUAAAAGGAAGUAACACUGGAGCUUCAACAGCACUGCAGAAAAACUAACAGGCAAGAGGCACUCAGAAAGACAUUCAGCUUGAUCAUAGGCACUCCUAAAGAGUUCACCACUGGGGAUGAUGUUACUGUGCACUUUUCAAGCAAUGAAGAAGAGGCAGCUUUUCUGGACAGCAUUUUGUGUGUUGAGCCUGCUGGAAAAUCAUGUUUCUGCAGAUGAAACAACAACUUCGGGAAAAGUUUCACCAGUUCCGACUACCACUGUGAAAGCCACUACCAACACAAAGAUGCUAACUGGAAUUGCCACUACAGCUAAAGUUUUAACAACAGCAGUACCUCCAGUACCAGAAAAUUCAACCUCAGAAGACACAGCACCCAAGAACACCAGCAGCACCCAUAUUCCACCUGUAUCAACAGUUUCAAUGCCACAGAUAUCUCCAACACAAGGGAAUGAAUCACAUGCUGCCAGAAAUGAGACUACUGAAACUCUGACUACAGUAAAAUCUUUGACAUCUAGUUCUAAUCUGCAGACAAAAACUGAGGUCACUACAUCAUCUAACACAAUCAGAGCUAAGGACAGUCAAGUGCAGUUCACAUGUAUGAACAUCAAGGAAGUAAAAAGUACAAACGUCAUCUGCUUGGAGCUCAAUGGAUCUUCCACAUGUGAACAGUUUAUAGACCAGAAAAGCAAACACCUGGGAAAGGUGCUUUGUGCAGCAAAUGAUACGUGCCACAUCAAACUGACAAAAUCUGCUCUGAAUAGCAAGUGCAUACUUUUGGUUGGUGUUAAUGAUAAAGGCACAGAUGCUUUGGAUACUGUUAUUGCAGACAAGAGGCGUGAUUUGCAAGAGGUAGGGAUAACAACCCAUAAACAAGAGGACAUUGAGAGUCACAAGGACUAUUCUCGGAAGACACUUAUUGCCUUGGUCACGUCUGGUCUGUUGCUGGCAUUUCUGGGAUUGGCUGGAUACCAUCUUAUGAAACGACGGAGCUGGAGCCCCAUGGGAGAGAGGCUGGGCGAAGACCCUUAUUACACUGAAAAUGGUAGCCAUGGCACUCCUGCAAUCUCUGUGGCUUCUCAUGAACAGUCCAACUUGCAGGAAAAGCCAAAUCUCAAUGGAGGGGCUCGGGAAAAUGGGACUGGCCAGCCAGCUUCCAAAAAUGGACAUUCAACCAAACCGCACGUUGUUGCAGACACCGAGCUGUGAAAAGUCUUGUAAAUGUAGCCUGAAAGACCAGAGUGGAAAAAUCAAAGAAUAAGGGGGCACAGAUGUCACGAACAGAUUCAUAAUCAUUUUAUUUUCUACAAAGAGCUCAAAAAUCCCACUCUAAGGCAUAUGUUUUCCAAGAGCUGCCAGACAACUUUGAUGUAUGCUUUUGUUUGCUUAGCAAGCUACUUGAAUGGGAUUGAGCAUGUUCUUAAUUCUUUUAGGGGGUGGGUAUCUCUGUCUCAGACCAAAAUGAAAUGCAAUGUUCCCCAAACGGAAUUACAUGAAAUAGUAGAGUAGAUUUAUCUUUUGUUUGUUGGUUUGUGUUAUAAACUUGCUUGCUUGCUAGCUCCAAUGCUCUUUCAGCAACGUCUAAGCAUCCCUGAUGUUACCAAAUAACACGAUAUUGAUGCAGGUCAGUGAUCCCAACUAAGUCCCAAUUCAUGUAUAAUUCAAUCAGGUCUGUAAAUGCUAAAAUAUAUGACCAUAUUCUGACUUGUCCCAUGCUAGUUCAAGUAACAUUUUCAAGUUUUCAUGAUACAAGAAUUGCCAUUUGUGUGCAUUUAUUAGAUAUAUUAGACUAGCGCACAAUGCAAAAAUUAUUGAAAUAAGUGAAAUUAUUGAAAAAGAAAUUAAGCUUGCUUGAUCUCAGGAGGUCCACCAAUGCUGUUUGGGGAGACUGGGGUGGAGGUAAAGUUUCCUCUUGUCAUUCUUAAAUGCAACUCAAACUUGCUUUUUGUGUUGCCUUUUCUGUAACCCCAUCACAUCUGCAUCACAUUCAUAAGCCUUCUAAAUUACCAUUUAGCAAUCCCUGAACAAUAGAUUCGAUUUUAGACCAGCUUUUGCACAGCAAAACAAGGUGGACUUUCAUUUAACAACGUUAUUGAAUAAUGGAAGGGAUGCUUCCAUAAACAACAUGGAACUGCAGUGAGCAACUGGCCAGAAACUACUAUGAUUGCUCAUUUACUCUGACAGUUCAGGCUUUCUCCCUAAGGAUUUUGUUUGCAAUUCAUUGUUUAUAUAAAAACAAGCAGUGAAAAACACUGAUCUGCAGCAACUGUUGGAUAUAUUGCAAACUUCAAUCCAGAUGAAAUUUGUUUAUUAAAAUCAGUAGACAAAUUAGUCAGUCAUUCUUAAAUCAAUUGGGUUGUUAGUCUCCGAAAACGGCAGUCCUAUAACUACUUACCUGGUACUUGAACUCCCUGGGGCUUACUUCUUGGUAGACAUUUAUAGGAUUGUGCUGUAAAUAAAAUAAACUUUCUUUAGAUUAAAGUGUUUGAAUUUCCAUCAGAAUGUUAAAAAAUAACCUUAGUUUUUGAACUAAAGUAUGUCUGGUAUUUCAGUUUCUACGGAUCAGUUGAACUGCAUAUAUCCGUUGUCCCAUUUCUUUUUCAAAUCCUAGGAAGCAUGUUCCACACCCCACCGUUCAAGACCAACCUAGGAUUUAUUGUUUCAUAAUGCAGUACACAAAUAGGAGUGGACUUCAAAAUGAAUUAUCAUAGAAUCACAGGCCACAAGGGCCCUCUAAUCUUGCCCCGACCAUGCAGGAAUGAAUAACAAAGCAAUGAUAAAGGGUCUAUGGAUUAGUGGUGCAAAAAAGGAAUGUGUCUGCCUAUGUGCCUUCAAAUUGCCUGUUGAUAUGAAUUUUUUAUGGGUUUUUUUGGGGCGAGGAAUACUUAGAGACAGUUUGCCAAUUCCUUCCUCUGAAAAGAGGAAUAGAGGAUAUCUCAAUACUGCUCAGUGGUACACCUAAUACUGAGGAACUGAUUAUGUUUUUACAUCCCUGUUUGUGUGGAUAAAUGUGAGAUAAUAGUGGAUCUUUCAAGCAAAGAAAUCCAAUUUACAAAGCAGAAGCUGAACAACUUGUCCUGCACCCACUUACUCAAACAUGGUCUAAGACAGAAAAGUUUAAUCUUUGUAAAACUUACUGAAAUAGAUUUACUUAUAAUUAUUGUUCAUAACCAAUGGUAUGAUUCAAUGGAAGUGAAAGAGAGAAGAACAAAAUUGAUACAAGUUAGAGUGAUGCAAGAAGAGCACCCUAGGUAUGGAUGGCAGUCAAGGCACUCACAAGAGAAGUCUUUAAUGCUAGGUUACUACACUACAGCAAAGGUAUGACUAAAGAAAACAUGGGCAAACAUCUAGUCCAAUGCCCCCUGAAACCCCACUUCUUCAGUUCACGAAUAGUCUACAAGCAUCCUGUUCCAGUUCAAGCCGGCUCAGGUUAUCAGUCUCUUCUCAGGCUAGACCUCCCAAUGUUAUGCAUCCUUAACCUUGGGAUGAAUUAUGGCAUAAGAAUGCUCUGGUGUCUUAGCGGCACUAGAAAGACUCCAUGACACUCUAGCACAGAAAGUCAGUAAACAUGCAGUAACAGUUAGUACAGGCAUGCAAAGUUUGCUAAUUUUAACAAUUCUCCUCAAUUCAUUACCAGUUAUUAUCCAUGAUUUAUCAAAGAUCUGUAGCUUUUCCUUAGUGUAGGUAUUGCAACACUCUUGACCCAAGAUCUAGAACAACGGUGGGAAACAUUUGAGUUCCAUGUGUCCCUGAGGCCAUUUUUGUAGCCUCGGGCCUUUAUUUUGCUUUUUUUCCCUUAUUUUGUCUUCUCAAAAUGCCCCAAAAUAGUGAUGGGCAGUGCAUUUCCAUUACUCUUGGGGACUCUAUGGGACCUUAGGUGGGGGGAAGUCCACCACAUUUCGACUCAGAAUUUAUUUAUUUUUCUCACUUCCUGGGGUUAAAAUGGCCGAAAAUGAUUCAGAAAGUCCCAACCAGGAUAAACAAAACACCUGUGUGUCAUUUGAAGGCAGCAAAAUUUGUGGGGUUCUUUGGCAGGUGUUGCAUGAUUUGUGGUCCCCAUGAAGGGAGUGGGGAAGACUUAGUCUUUCUCCAAGCCCUUCCACACAGCCAUAUAACCCAGAAUAUCAAGGCAGAAUAACCCACAAUAUCUGCUUUGAAUUGGGUUAUCUGAGUUCUCACUGCCAUAUAUCCCAGUUCAAAGCAGAUAUUGUGGGAUCUUAUUCAGCUGUGUGGAAGGGGCCACAAUUGCCUUCUCUGAUCUAGAAGCACCUAGCUUAGAUCAACAGGUUUAAGAGGCAGCUAUAAUGCAAUUUUCAAUUAUGAACCUUGUUUUUCCUAUCCACGUUUCUGAUUUCAAAACUACAAUCUAGUAAAGCUAACUGAAAGUCGCUGUUUUAAAUGA